CACCACCUGUGUGUGCUCAGCGAGUAGCUCCACUUUCCCCCGCGUCGAAACCCCCCUGCUUCCGAUUCUCCUCCGACACGACGCCCGAUCCCAUAUCCUUUCCCUCGAAUCAUCGAUCCAACGCAGACUCCAAGCGCGAUAGGGCGCUCCUUCCGUCGUCGCUCCAGGCUGUUAGGGCUCGUACUCUUCUUCCUCUUCGAGCUGCGGUUGAAUUGGUCCAAGAUAUAUAGGGUUUGGGGUCGGGUCGAUGAAGGAUUCCGGAGCUGUGCAGCGGAGUGUGCAGGGGCCGGGCGCAGGCGAAUCCGGUGGUCCAGGCUGAGCGGCCGAGCACCAGGCGGAGUCGGGCGGCGAGGAACCAGCAGCCGGUGGGCCAGAACCCGCCGGCGACGAGGUCCCCCGAGCGGAGGGAGGAGAUUGGUUUAGUAGAGGACCGCGGCGAGGUUAGAGGUUUGGGUGGGGAGGAGAAACUGGAAGAGGUCGGGGAGAGGAAGAUGAAUGACUACGAUCGUGGGGCGACGAGCCCAGAUAAGCUCCCUGGUGGGGAGGACGAGACGAGCACGGCCCCUCUCCCAGAAAAGGUUCAAGUCAGCAAUUCACCAGUAUACAAAGUUGAAAGGAAGCUAGGCAAAGGAGGAUUUGGGCAAGUUUAUGUUGGUCGCCAUAUUUCACCUACCAAUGCAAAUGAUACGACUACUGGUUCUAAUGCCGUAGCAUUAAAGUUUGAACAUAGGAACAGUAAGGGAUGUAAUUAUGGUCCACCUUAUGAAUGGCAGGUUUACAACACUCUUGGUGGUAUACAUGGGAUGCCACGAGUCCAUUACAAGGGCCGCCAAGGGGACUAUUAUGUUAUGAUUAUGGAUAUGCUGGGACCUAGUCUAUGGGAUGUCUGGAAUAACAACUCACAUACAAUGUCCGUGGAAAUGGUUGCAUGUAUUGCCAUUGAAGCACUCUCCAUAUUGGAGAAGAUGCAUUCAAAAGGUUAUGUGCAUGGGGAUGUGAAACCUGAGAAUUUCUUGCUUGGGCCUCCUGGAACUUCUGAAGAGAAGAAACUCUUUCUUGUUGAUCUUGAGUUAGCAACUAAGUGGAAAGACAGUUCGACAAGUCUGCAUAUUGAAUAUGAUCAACGACCAGAUGUUUUCAGGGGGACAGUGCGCUAUGCUAGUGUUCAUGCUCACCUUGGGAGGACGGCAAGCCGGAGAGAUGAUAUAGAAUCCCUUGCUUAUACUCUAGUCUUUCUACUCCGCGGUUGUCUACCUUGGCAAGGGUAUCAGGGAGAAAACAAAGGUUUCCACGUCUGCAAGAAGAAGAUGGCUACAUCUUCAGAGGCUCUUUGUUGCUUUUGCCCGCUACCGUUCAAACAAUUUGUUGAGUAUGUGGUGAAUUUGAAAUUUGAUGAAGAACCUAACUAUGCAAAGUGCAUCUCUCUUUUUGAUGGCAUAGUAGGUCCUAGUCCAGAUAUUAGGCCAAUCAACACUGAUGGAGCUCAAAAGGUGGGUCAAAAGAGAGGCCGUCUAAUGAUGGAUGAAGAGGAUGAUGAGCAAUCAAAAAAGAAGAUUCGGAUGGGAAUGCCUGCUACACAGUGGAUCAGUGUUUAUAAUGCAUGAAGACCCAUGAAGCAAAGGUACCACUACAAUGUUGCUGAUGUGAGACUUGCACAACAUAUUGAGAAAGGAAAUGAAGACGGUUUAUUCAUCAGUUGUGUAGCAUCUUGUUCAAAUCUUUGGGCCCUGAUUAUGGAUGCAGGCACUGGGUUUACCGCUCAGGUUUAUGAACUAUCUGCAAAUUUUCUCCAUAAAGAAUGGAUAAUGGAACAAUGGGAGAAAGAUUAUUAUAUUUCUGCACUAGCAGGUGCAAAUAAUGGUAGCUCCUUGGUCAUAAUGUCCAAAGGUACACCAUAUUCACAACAAUCUUACAAAGUUAGCGAAUCAUUUCCUUUCAAGUGGAUAAACAAAAAAUGGCGGGAAGGUUAUGUCACUGCAAUGGCAACAGCUGGAAUUAGAUGGGCUGUUGUCAUGUCUCGUAAUGCGGGCUUCUCAGAUUAGGUUGUUGAAAUUGACUUCCUUUACCCUUGCGAAGGCAUUCAUCGAAGAUGGGAUAAUGGUUAUCGUAUAACUGCAACUGCUGCAACAUGGGACCAAGCUGCCUUUGUACUUAGUGUUCCUCGAAGAAAACCAGUAGAUGAAACACAAGAGACACUUAGAACAUCUGCUUUUCCUAGUCAGCAUGUGAAGGAGAAGUGGGCCAAAAAUCUUUAUAUUGCAUCUGUUUGUUAUGGUCGCACAGUUUCAUGAAGUUGUCUAUCUUCUGUUGGAAUACUCAGGACUUUGCUCAGAGAACAGCUAUAUCACAUUGUUUUCCUGAGGCUAUGAUGCUGUUAGGCAUACGCUAAGGCACCUUUUAUCUCUGGUAUUGGUGACAGCUAACACAUUGGUGCCACAUCAAUGUCACAUUAUGAAGUUGCCCUUGCUGAGCUAUCAAAAUAGAUUUGAUGGUGGGCAUUAGUUAUUUUAAGCUUGUAUAGUUGAUAAAUGUUCUCUUGCAUAAGUUGCUUCAUCAUCCAUUAAAGAAUUCGAGGGCUUCAUCUCAACAGCUCUGAAAAUCUGAUAAGUGGGCGCCUAAAGUUGUUUGCAAAGAUACUUGAGUUUUUUUUUUUGGUUAAUCUUCCUAAAAUCAUUUUGUUCUACUAUGAUGUUGUACAGAUGACUGUUGACAUAGUAAACUUAAUUGUAAGGAUGCUGAUACUGUUUCCAGGAUCUGUUUUGGAAUCAAAUCAGGAUAUAGAUUCAUGGUUCA